UUGCCUCCAUUUUGUUUUGUGUUAGUUGAACAACUGAAAGCGGCGUACGAGAAUAUUCCCCUGUCAGUGUCAUAGAAGUUUAGUAUCGACCGUGAAAAUUUUGUGAAUCGCUGUCUAGAGGCUCUGCAAUCUCACCCGGGCUUUCUUGAAAAGUACGCAGGACUCAGUGAUUGAUCCGAUGUGAAAAUCGGGUCGCUUUUCCCUGCGUUGACCUUUUCUUUGAAGGGGUCGCCUUCGGCCGAGGGCAUCAGUGGCUUUGUUUGUAAACAUCCACACAAAGCUCGACUGGAUUUCCAAACCGAGACGCUCGAUAUUUCCAGUGUCCUCCUGUGCGAAAGUGGGACUUAACCGACCUUUAUUUUGUGAUGUACGCACGGGAAAACAUCCAACAAGUCUUUGCGCUGCAAUCCGACCAAUACGCUGUGUCAAGCUUCAGCCUCCUUCACUCAAGGAGAAAAGGAAUCUUUCUGCACCCCAGAAUUAUGAUCAAAAACUCUCCUGCACCGCAAAAUUUAAAUUGUGCACCGAUACAAACUUUAUAUUAAGUCUUUUGUGAAGUCCGAUUGUGAUUGGAAACCCUUUGACUUGUACCUGAUAAGGAGGCCUGAUAAUAAGCGACUGAAAUUGACGCACCAGUUUGCCUUCUGUGUACAUUUCUUCCUCUGACAAAAUCAACAUGAAGCUCCUCGAAAGUUCAAGGUUUGAAGCCAUAAACAGUAACCUCUGCAUCAAGACAGGGGACAGCAAAAUAGUCGGCAGAAUUGAGAGUUACUCCUGCAAGAUGGCUGGUACAGACAAGCAGCUUUACAAGCGGUUCAAUUCUGAGCAGGGUACAAGCCCUCAGGACCUUCAGGCGCUUUCCCCACCUCAAGGAUCCAUUGGGGUGUCUCCCCAUAAUUAUUUCAGCCGCAGUGUGUCAGGCGAUGAGGAAGGCCCGUUAUGCGAUACCAUCAGUCGCAAAACACUUUUCUAUUUGAUUGCAACCCUCAAUUCGGCAUUCCAACCGGAUUAUGAUUUUUCUGAUGCCAAGAGUCACGAAUUCAGCAAAGAACCAAGUCUUCUUCAUGUGAUGAAUGCGGUGGACAGCAAUCUUAGUGCCACUGCAGGGGAACAGUACCGAGCUAUGAGGUCCCAACUUUGGGCUGCAGUUGAAGAUGAGAUUUCUAUGGCUGAAUGUGACAUUUACAGCUACAAUCCAGACUUGGCAUCUGAUCCCUUUGGAGAAGAUGGGUGUCUUUGGUCUUUCAACUAUUUCUUGUACAACAAGAAAAUGAAGCGCAUUGUUUUCUUCACUUGCAGAGCCAUCAAUCCUAUUUAUUCCAUGGAUUCAGGACUCGGUGAUGAAUUUGCCAUGGACGAAGAUGAAGAAGGUUAUUAAAUGUGUAUUCGCGUCUGAAGUUUGCCAGUACUAAAUCCAAACUGUGCCUUCUCAUAUGGAAUAUCAUAACUUGGGCUAUUCAAUCUAUUUGUAGAGUAUUUGAACCUCAGUAGUUCUUUGUGUCUUGUAGAAAUCACAAAGAAGAAUUGUUAUUUAAAGUUGUUUGUGAGACCUUGCAUUUUUGCAAGCUGUAACCAUCCAAGAAUCUCUCUACAUCAAUCAGGAAAGAAGAGAUUUUGCCAUCUGUGCAUGUUUAUGGAGGUUUUUAUGUCAGCGUUGGUUUUGUUGUAAGUGCUUUUGUUGUCUGAAGUAGAUCUCAAUCAAGAGUAGAAGCUGUACAAUGUAUAUUUGUACUUAAAAGGAGACUGACUGGAUCUGGUUUUUAUUUUAUAACAAUCAUGUAUUCAUUUCAUUAUUGUAAUAUGGUAGUUUGCUUUAUAAUUUCUUAGUGUGAACUUAAAAUUUCAUUCUUUUAACCAUCGACCUUUUUAAUGUAAUGUCGUGAGCUGCUCCUUGGUUUGCCACUUUCUGUAGUUAUUUUUCCUGACUUUUCUUGCCCCUUUUUGAGUGUCUACCAGGGAAGAAACCUUUCUUUUUAAUUUGUGGUGUGUGGAUCUAGAUGUUCCUGUGCCCUUAGCAGUAUUGACAUUGGUCAAAGUUCAUGAGUUAGUUUUAGUUAACCAUUAAAUCUUCUGGAUUGUAUUCUGAUUUAAUGGCUCUCACACGUCCUAGAACAAAUGCUAGUCUUUUUUACUUGAUUUCUUUUCAGAUUCGUGAUAAAAAGUCAUCAUCAGUGAUAAAAAUUGUUUAAAAUUACUUCAGAAAGUUGGGGGAAUCAUUUUGGAAAGUGAUGUCUAAUUGAUAAUUGAGGUAUUGCAUACAUGAUUUGCAAAUGCAAGGUAUGAUCAUUCUUCAUUCAUUCUUCAUUCAUCAUGUUUGAUGCUUUCUCACAUGGUUCUCAUGUGUUGCUUCUGCAACUUUGUUUUGUUCACAUACAAAUACUCAAGUAUUGAUUUUUGAGUGACCUCACGUUUAUGUAGCUUUUCUUUUAGAUUCCCCUAAACUCUGCCUAACCAAUAGUUAUUCUAUUCUAUAAUAUUAUAUGAUAAAUACAUUUAUUUAUGGAUGAAAUUAAGUCUUCAAAAAUGUUUAAUUAUUAUUAGUGAUAGUCAAGUUUGUGGUGGAGCCUUGCUAAGUUUUCAAAGUUUACUCUCUUUCUUAAAAAAACAAAAAAAAAAAACAAACAAAAAGUUUGGCCAAACACCACAGUUGAUUAUUCAGAUUCAUAGCAUUUCCUAACAGUUAACGUUGUGUACCUUUUGUGCUCAGUCGUUCUACUAUUGUGAGCUGUAGUAAGUGCUGUGAGUUAUCACAUAUUGUUAGGUGUAUAUAUUAUUCCUCUAAAUAAUUGAAUGUUUGAACUAUGCUAUAUUUGAAGAUGUAUAUUCUUUUCACAAUUAAUUUCUUAAGUCAUAUCCUCCUUAACCCUAAUACUGUUGACUUUGACCAGAAGUGCUAUUAUGAUAGUUUAAUUCAGUAGAUCCAUGUUUUUCCUCUGUAAAUAUGUUCGCCCAUUCUUCCAAAUAUAAUGUUUAAAUGUGA